GCAGGGAGGUGAAAGGUUGGUGACAGGACUUGUCGUUUCAUAUUAGGCCAGUAUAUAUGAAAAUGUGACAGAUCAUGCCACAACAGCGUGUUGGUUUGAGUGUAGGAUGUAUAUAGUAUAACAUGGAUGUAUUCUGAGCGUGGUCUCCAGUAGGAAAAGGUGCAAAAUGCCGCGAAAAACAUCAGGACGGAGCAGACGGAGGGACAAAACAGAAGUCAGCAAAUGCAUCAAGUAUUUGAUGUUUACUUUCAAUGUCAUAUUUUGGCUUAUUGGUGGUGCAGUAUGUGGAAUUGGAAUAUGGGCAUGGGCCGAGAAGGACAUGUUCCAGAACAUCGGGAAGCUGACCAACCUGACGGUGGAGCCAGCGUUGAUCUUCAUCAUCGUGGGCCUCAUCAUGACCUCCAUCAGCUUCUGUGGCUGUAUCGGCGCUCUCAGGGAGAAUACCUGCCUGCUCUGCACUUUUAUGGUGUGCUUGGGCUUUAUAUUUGUGUGUGAAAUCACUGUGGGGAUCCUUGCCUUCGUCUAUAAACCAUGGGUGAGGGAACAGAUAGAGACACAGGUGAAGAACAUGAUUGUCAACUACCGCGAGGACGUUGACCUCCAGAACCUGGUGGACUGGGUGCAGCAUGACUGGUUGUUCUGCUGUGGCGUUCACACAUUCCAGGACUGGGGCAACAACAUGUACUUCAACUGUUCUUCCCCUGGGGUGGAGGCUUGUGGGGUGCCUUUCUCAUGUUGUAAACCAACUGAUGAUAUUAUACAAAACAGACACUGUGGCUAUGGAAUGAGGUCAACAUCACAUGAUAUUGACCGGAGCACCAAGAUCUACACCACAGGAUGUCUCCCUUCAGGGGAGAAGUGGCUCGAGGCAAACCUCAUCCCAGUAGCAGCAGUGGCUGUUAGUGUAGCCCUCCUUCAGAUAUUUGCAAUUUGCUUUGCUCAAAAUUUACGCAACGACAUCCAAGCCCAGAGGGCGAAGUGGGGAUGACAUGAGGCAGGGGGACAUGAGCUACUACCCAGACACAGAGCCCAGAACUCACGCGAUUCACGCCAUCACCGUGGCAACCAAACGCUACUCUCUUAAUGAGUUCAGAUAAAUUUUCUGCAGUGCUACUGUCAUAGGUUCUUCUUAUCCAGAUUAGCUGUAAGAUAAGAUUUUAUAUUUUACAUUUUAGAUGUUUUUUAAAAAUAUUUUUAAUCAAAUCUUAAUCAAAAUAUUUUAAUCAUGAUGCUGAGUUUGUGUGUUUUGCUCUAUUCUUAAUCAUUCAGACAUCCUCUGUUUUAUGCAGUUGGUAUAUUUUUUAUGAUAUCAGACUAAAAAGUAUUAAAUGUUCCGUAGAGAAAAUAUUUGCCUCUUAGGUAAUAAGUUUGUAAUUGACUAAUUUUUUGUAACAUUUAUUCAUGUUUUUGUAAAGAGGUUUGCCAUCUAACUGAACCAAUUUUAAAUGUUAAUUAGAAUGAAGUUUUAAAAAUAGAGUUUCAUCAGCUAAGAAUGUCGGCCAUGUUUGGGUAACCUGUCCCCCACCCCACCAACACGUUUCAUCUUACCAUUGUGUACAUCUGUUUACAUACAUCUAUAUAUACACAUGAUAUACAUAUUAUUUUAUUUAUUUAGUUCAAAUAUGCAUAUGCCAGACACUCCUGUGUCUUGAGUUAAGGAGGAAAACAAAACCAUUACUUGUGUCUUAGCGCAUAUCCUGACUGUGUCUUUUUACCAAGUCAUUUGCGAAAAUAUUGAAAUAUUCAUUUCUUAAGAUCACCUCACAUUUCUACCUGUAUAAAACAAAUCAUCAUUGAUUUACAAGGUUUGUACAUUUGUGGAAUAUUUGGCUAAAAAAUCAAUCACUGGUUCUCAGGAAGUGAAAGACUGGUGCAGAAGGAAGACUGUGUUUUGAAGUGUGAAAAAAAGUAUGUACCUGUCGAGUUGUCACACUUUGUCUGAUUUCAGUACUGGAAUGGUUUUUUACUAGAUCAAGUUUACAAAUAUGGAUUUGCCUGGGAACCAAACCUAUUUUUUCAGCCUUAUGUAUGGCUAGGAUCGAAAGCUCAAAUCACUUGUGAUUUCAAGACAAAGGGAUGUGAUUUUUCAUUGAUAUUACUUCAUUUUAAUUGUAAAAAAUGUCAUUACCCUGUUAGAAAUAUAUAUACAUUUUGUUGGAUUUUUAAAAAAACUGUCUUUAAACAUGUUGUAAUUCUGUUGAAUGUCAUGAAGAUAUUUGGAAGCUCUUACAGUGGUGCUUUCAAAAGAGCCAAGGGAUGCAGCGUAAUGUUUGUGAUUAAUGAUUGCUCCAGUCUGAAACCAAUGACAGAGAUUUAUUUUCCUACUGAAAUCCGUGUUCACUUGGAUCAGUGUAAACCAGUGCUGAUGUUAUAUUUUAGAUGAGUAGUGGUCCAACAAAUCAUUGUUUCAACCUCAUGUUUCAUCACUUUAUACUCUUUUAUACUGAUUUUGUUUUUGUCAUGGCUCAAAUCAUGCUUGCUGCUUUUUGUGGAAAAAUGUCAAAUUACUGUUCGCUUCAGGGAGGAGGAAUCUGCGUUUUUGUGUUCACCGUUUUGUCACUUGUUUCAAAUUUCUUUUGUUAAUUUAACCAAAGUGAUAUACUCAUAACCGAAUGUCAAAUAUUUAUACUCUCUGUAAUGGAAGAUAAUUGUUUGCUUUUUAGAUAUUUAGACAUGUAUAUAGUCAAAUACAACAAUUUAUUCUGUGUAAUUUGUGUAUGUUGAAAAUACAGCCAUUUAGUUAGGUAUAUGUGCGGUGAAGGUAUCUCUAUGCUACUCCUUAUAAACAGUUUUUUAUAUUGACAUGAAGUUGUCCAGAAGGAGGAGCACGGAGUUACACUAAAUGUACUAAAUUAAGUGCUUAUGAAGACAAUUAAUGAAGACAAUUAAGCAUGUAUCGGUUACAAUUCUACACAUUCUGCCAGAUGUGUUUGAUAGAUGGCGCCUGGUUGUUUUAUGGUGACAUAUUGUAGUUGUGUAUAAGCAUUCCUUCCUACCCAUUGUUGAUCCAUGUUGAUCUCUGAUAUACUCUGAUACCACAUAGUCAGCUGUAUAGUCAUCAGUACUUGUGAUUAUGUAUCAAACUGUUGUUUACAUUUGAACCACCUAUAACUGUAGACCACCUGGGACUGUUGUUCGCAGAUUGACAAGAGAAUGUUGUCAUGUACUGGUCACUGGGAACUACCUUUGCUUUGACACACAAACAGGAACAAUUGGGUAGCUAAGUGUUUGUCACAUCCUGGGUCCUGUGAAGCUCAUAUGGUGUCUCCUGCUGUGAUAUUGCUGGGACUCUGCUAAAAUCAAAAAUCAUAAGAUUAGUAAUCAGCUAUUUGUUUUGAUUUCAACUCAUUAAUCCAAUUUUGGCCAGUAAAAUGGCAAUUACUUAUGCACACACUUUAAUAGGAGUAUUUAAUGCAUCAAGAAUUACCAAAAUAAUACAAGAAUAGUACAGUAAAGUGUGGUUAUCAUCAACUAAAAGGAGUACCUUAUUACUGCAGUUGUUAUAUGCAUUUCAACUAAAAUAUACAGCAAGUGGCUGGGACGAAAUAUACAAUAAAUCUGUCAGUUUGUCAUACAAACAUAGUAUAAUGUAUCUUCUAUAUGCUCCAGAAUAACCAGAUUGUGACCUUGCUGGUGGUUAACAUUUCACUACAUAAACACUUGGUCUUCAGACAAUACCAGAAAAUUACCAUGUUUCAGUUCAUGACAACAUUUCAUGUCAAUUUUGCGAACACACCCGAUGAUAUAAAAGAUUCAUGUUAUAGUGUUCAUAAGGGAAAAUGUUGUACAUUGUUGUCAUAGAGUUGCCUCCCUUUAGCACUCAUUUGUUUUUAAAAUUGCCACAAAAGAAAUCAUCACCUUAGUAUAAUCAUGAUGUGUGUGAUUAAAUACGGCUCAGAUUAUCUCAUUAAAAGGCUUUCCGUAUCAGGUUUGUAAUGACAUAAAUGAUAUAUAUUGUAGGUAAAGAGCAGUAACUGUAGCCAUUGUUUAAUUGGAAUACAACUCUCAACUCCAACAACUUACCUCAGUACACAGUUGUGAGCAGGCACAACCGGUCCAGUUGCCAUUUAUUUCAUGAAAGUUUGUGGUUGAUGAUGUGUCCAAAAUUAAUUAGUUGUCCUGGGUAUGAUGUAAUGUCAUGUCUUUUGUCCGUCGCCUGUCAGGCAUUUUGGCCUUCUCUAAAGCUACCUUUGAUUAUGCUUAGGGUUAGGUUAGGGCUAAAUGAAAGGGUUUGAUAUAUUUUUAAAAAUCAAAUGCUAUAGUUGAUAUGGUCAACAAUCUGUUAGACAUCUUUACAGUCUACAGAACUAUCAUUAAAACAUCAAUGUAUUAUCUACCGCUUCUAAUAAAUAUCAAUCUACUCAAGUCAACUAUGUCUGCUUUUGAUUGUCUAAUGUACUAUGCUAUUUUUGAUGAUGUAGGCUUGCAUAAGACAAAACAUUAUGGAUGUCAACUUCUUUAUUGUAUACACAACGUUUCUGGGCUAUUCCUUGCCCCUUCGUCAGGUGACGAACAUGAUAAAGGAAGGUGAGCUACAGGUUAUAAGUGUGUGUUUUUCUAAGAAGGCUUAGGGAAGUGCUGAUGAUGGUUUAUGAUUACUGUAUAUCUGUGAUAGGGUUCAGGAGUGGUUUCCCCUGUGGCAACACCAAUUCAUCUCUACGUGUGUCUUUAGGGGCACCUGUUAUAGUGCUAAAUCUGUUUAUUAUGCAAUUAUUUUGAGUCACUGUUUUCAGCAGUCAGACUGAUUCAUUUAUAUAUCCUGACACCAUACCAUGCAGAUGAUACAAGAUUGGGGGUAUGGUGAUACUCACUGAUAAAUAUUUCACAAACUGUUAAUAUAUUAUUAUUUUGAUAGCCAGGAACAUUUCAUACACCUUUGUAUUGUCUACAUGUAAAAUUCAGCUGUAUAAAAGCCUGACCAUAAUUAAUAUUUUGGUAGAUUUCCUUCUAGAAUGCCCACCAAAACUCCAAAAGUACUUACAGAAGAAGAAAUAACUGUGUUCACUCCCAAAUAAUUCAAUUCAAUUAAUUGUUGGAGCCUAGUGUUAUUUUUAGACCUUAUGAUAACCUAAAAUUUCAAGCAAAAUUCCUUGUCUUGUGUUGCCAUAUUUACAUAAUUACUGGAAUAAAAUGUUUGAGUGAAGUAAUGUAAUUUAUUUGUCCAGGAGAGACUUGCAAGUUGAAGGUUUGGUCAGUGGAUGAGGACAUGCACACUCUGAUUUUGAAUGCAGUGUUUGAACACAGCCUGCUUUUAUUAAAACUGUUUUCUAACUCAAAUACUCCAGUCAUUGAAGUUGGCUUCACAUAGGCCCUGAUUCCAUAUUAUAAAACACAGGUCCUUACUACACAUAUACAAUACAGUUUGCUAAAAAUUCUUUUGUGGAAUUACCUCAUACAUUUUUGUGUGAAAUUGACAGUUUUUACUCUUUUUUUCUUUUUUUUAAAAAAGCAAAGGAUCAAACCCUAGGGAUUGAGAAUUGUUUUUAUUAUUAUUUUUUUUUAAAUAUAUAAGCCCUGGUUAUGUGUAGUAACUGCAAAUGUAUGGGUGGGAUACAGUGUAAAAAAAUAGUAAGCUCCAAGAUCUGAUUUGGAUGCGAUGGCAGCUUGAGGUCAUGUUUUGAUCAUGUUGAUAGUUUGAACAUGAACUGAUAGUGUUGAUCACUGCUGCACUGUAGGAAGUGGAUUAACACUGUGUACCUCUACACUCUUGCAAUCACCCUUCUACAGUCGCUAUUGUGUUACCCCAAAUUCCUGCUUUAUAGGCAACGUUACAGUUGUGACAAGCGUAGGGCAUGAGAGGCCAUUGUUUACUGUUGGUUAAUAGUCUACCACUAACUGUUGCUGUCAUUUAUGGCAGACUUAUGUUGCUAUGGUCACAAGCUGUUUACAGGAUUUUGUUGUUAAUGCUCAGAUGAGAGAAUCAAAUGUCACUGCAAGAUAUGGCAGUUUUCAAGAAUAACUUGCAAUGGUUUUGAAGGAAAUUGCUCAAAUGAAAGCACUUGUUUGAAUGUUGACAUGUUAACUUUUUGUCUGUAGACGUGUAAUGAGUUGCUUAUGUCACUGAUGAGGUGUACACCUCAAGAUCAAAGGUCAAGGAGUGCAAAAAAAUCUUGUACACCUGGCUGUUGCGAAUGUCAUGUUAACAAUUUUAUCUUUUGAUUUCAUGAAUUUGCAAUACAUAUUUACAGUAAACUAUUUAUAUAUGACAAUUAGAUCUAUCGUAUGACCACCAUUGAUGUUGGCAUGGUGACUCAAAGUGAACAGGGUUAAUUCUUCAAUCAUUGAUAUGAGGUCAUUAUGUCUCUACACACAGGUCAGCCAGUAUUUUAUGAAUCUUUACAAGACGGCAACUGGCCAAUCAGAAAGCCAGAAUCUUUAACAAGUAAUGAUAAUAUUUUAUGUGCAUUUGAUAUCAGCCUUGUUGUACAGGAAGGAAGAAAUCAAAUUGGUCAUCUUCCUUUCGGAAGUGAGGAAGUAUGUUGUCAAAGAAAACAAUUUAUUUUAUGAUACACAGGCAACAAUUGAAUUUUGACAAAGACAAAAUAAAAACAUCAAGGCAGGGUGCAAUGAUUAUCCUUUAUUAAUCAGUGUUCAGAUCCCAGAUUAUAAUUUACUAUUAUUAUCAAUGUGUGUGAUAGAAGUAAAAUAUAUGUUAUUAUAUCACUUUAAACUUACAUCCAAUCAAUUCUAUGUCUUUUUUUAUAUAUAUCUUAUAUUAAAAACAACAACCAACAUAUAUAAUACCUAAAGUAUUAUAAUGAUUGACAAUGAAAUGUACAUAGCUGCAUGUUAUGUGUCUUGGUGUUUUGUUUUCCUUUCAUACAGAGCUGUGUAACCCAUGUGUUGUGUUGGUAGAUCUUCUUUUGGGAAGGUAACACAGGCCGACUUGGGCAGCCAUUGCCAAUACAGUCAUACCAGCAGUGGCGACUGCAAGUUGUUUUACAUUUUUUAAAGUUUUUUUUAAAUUACAUCCACUGUCAAGUACGAAAA